GUUUCCGUGAGAGGGGAUAGAUUAUGGGAAACAUCAUGACCUGCUGUCUACCGCACCCCCAGGAUGAGCAGAGCCCCCAGCGGAGCACCUCGGGGUACCCCCUCCAGGAGGUGGUGGAUGAUAAAGUGUCGGGACCAUCAGCCCCUGGGGGAGAUCACAGCCCCCCAGGUAGGUCCUUUUGCCUGAAAAGGAAGAAGGAGUGGUCGGACGAAUCUGAGGAGUCGUCAGAGGAGCCACAGAAGGAACUCAAGCGACAGCGAGUGUUGCUCAUGCUCCCUGAGCACCACGAGGCCUUCAACAGGCUGCUCGAGGAUCCUGUCAUUAAAAGAUUCCUGGCUUGGGACAAAGAUCUGAGGGUGUCGGACAAGUACCUCUUGGCUAUGGUCAUAGCGUAUUUUAGGCGGGCCGGCCUCCUCUCCUGGCAAUACCAACGCAUUCAUUUCUUCCUGGCUCUCUACCUGGCCAAUGACAUGGAGGAGGACGACGAGGCCCCCAAACAAAACAUCUUCUACUUCCUGUACGGGGAGACCCGCUCUCACGUACCCUUGUUCCAUAAGCGUCGGUUCCAGUUACGCCAUUCCAUGACCGGGAGGGCCAGGGAGAACCGCUCUCAGAUAGCCUUGUUCCACAAGCUUCGGUUCCAGUUCUUCUGUUCCAUGCGCUGCAGGGCUUGGGUUUCCCCGGAGGAGUUGGAGGAGAUCCAGGCUUAUGACCCACAGCAUUGGGUGUGGGCGCGAGAUCGCGCUCGCCUUUCCUAGAGCUCCAGGGACCGUGGAGGCCUGAGGUCAUCGGCCUGAGAGAAGAACACUGGGCCCAGGGGAGAUGCGGAUUUUCAGCAGGAACUUUAUUCCAAUGCUAAUGGCAGACACCAGGAAGGAGGAGAGGAGCGAUGUGUGCAGAUCAUCUAGAAGAACCUGGACCGUUCUUGUUGGAGCUGAAUACAGUGAUCACGUUGUCCUCCUAGGAGCAGGGGUGGGGGUGGGGGUGGGGGUUGGGGUACUUCUAGGAGUCCUUGGGGAAAAGUAAGAAACCAGGAGUGUUUCCAGCGAUGUAGUAGUUCCGCUAAAUUCUUAUAAAAAUAAAUGUUUAUUUCAUAUUUAGUGUAUGUUUGAAAUGUGAGAAUUCAGAUGUAAUUUUUUUACCUUGCAUUGGCAUGUUUGUAUGUUACUUUAAAGAGGAUGUGUGUUCUAAAGGAGGGCAUGAGCUGUGUGUUUUCAAGAGAACAAUGCAGUGCGUCUCUUGGGGAAACAUAAUAAAGAUCAACUUUUCUCACCUUCA